GCAUUGAUCAAGUAGUGCAUAUCUGUAAGCCAAGCUCUUCUCUCUCUCUCUCUCUAUAAUAUGAAAUUGAUCAAGGCAGUAGUCAAAAUUUUGACUCUUUUUUUUAAAAAAGCAAAACGAUACAUAUAUUCAUUUGUACAUAAGCUCUUCUUCAUGGCAGCAAUGGAAUCAAAAAACUUAAAGUAUCGCUUCCAAAGUGAAAUUCAGCAAAUGAUGUUUGUGUUUGGAGAGGUGGCAGGUCCAUUACCCGAAACCACAUUAUUGGUAGAAGACAUUGUUCGAUCCCAAGUGAUUGAAAUCCUAGUUCAGGCCGCUGCUCAGGCAACACGUCGAAACUCACGAUAUCUAAGUGCAGAAGAUCUUAUAUUUCUUAUGCGUCAUGACAGAGCCAAAGUAAAUCGUUUACGAUCUUUCUUGAGUUGGAAAGAUGUCCGCAAGAAUGCAAAGGAUGCAUCUGGGGAUCAAGUAGAUGAGAUGGUUGAAGAAGCAACAUCAGGGAAACUAUAUCGUAGUAUUAUCAAACUCCCAUGGGAGCUAGUAAACCAAUUCUUGGACGUUCUGGUCAAACCAAGUAACCCUGAAGAAGAGUCGGACGACGAAGACGAUCUAGAAGCAUACAUGGACUCGGUCCAGCGCCUGAGAGACGCAGACGAAAUCACACGAGCCAUGACACGAGAGGAAUACGUCCACUAUUCAGAAUGUCGCCAGGCUUCAUUUACAUACCGCAAAGGAAAGCGGUUCAGAGAGUGGUCAAACAUGAGUUCCUAUGUCGAUGUGCGGCCUAACGACGACAUUGUGGACAGUCUUGGAUUCCUGACAUAUGAAAUGGUCUCCAAACUGACAAGAACAGCUAUCCAGAUAAAGAAUGAUUUGUGUAGAGCAGGAAAUAGUAACAGUAGCAUUAGCAAUAGCAGUAACAGUAACAGUAGCAGUAAUAAUAGUAAUAGUAAUAAUGGGGUAAAAAAGGAUGAGCCAACAGCAGUAACUUGCCGUGAACAUGAGUCGGAAGAUUCUUCGCCUUCGUCAACCGCAAAUGAUAAUGAAGGCAUCGGGUUGUUCUUACAACCUAGCUCAGAGCCAACUCCAUUACAACCCGAACACAUUCAUGAAGCUUUCCGACGUAUGCAGCAAACGAUCCAGCCAAUGAGGAACUUUAGAGGUGGGCUGGCAAGAACCCGACUUUCUCUUAUUUAAAACAAUCCAAAUAACUAAAUAAACAUUUGUAUAAAGU